AUGGCUCGCGGAGCUUCUUGUUCUCCCGCCUCUCCAGCUCGUGCUUUUGUUUUUUGUUCAUUCACCGCUAAGCACCUGCUCCGCGAUGCCCGGCGGGCGAGCGGCGCGGUCGGAGGGGCGGCGCGGCGCCCCCGUGCCUGCUUUGGCCGCAGCAUGGCGAGCUGGGAGCCCUUCGCGGCCGUGCUGUCCGCGCUGCGCCGCUGCUACGCCGAGGCCGUCCCGCUGGAGACCUUCGUCCGGCGGCUGGGGGGCGGCGGCGCCGGGGACGCCGAGGUGCUGCGGGCCGCCGACGGCCCCGGCUACCGCACCUUCGUGGGGCAGUGCCUCGUGUGCGUGCCCCGCGGCGCCCGCCCCAUCCCGCGGCCCUUCACCUUCCAGCAGUUAUCUAGUCAGAGUGAAGUUACCUCAAGAGUCGUUCAGAGACUGUGUGAAAAAAAGAAGAAGAAUGUCCUCGCAUAUGGAUACUCCUUACCAGAUGAAAACAGUUCUCAAUUCCCAAUUGUGCCACUUUCAAAGAUACACAGCUACCUACCCAAUACUGCCACAGAAACUCUUUGUAUCAGCGGCUUCUGGGAGACAUUGUUGAGUCGGAUAGGGGAUGAUGUGAUGAUGUAUUUAUUGGAACACUGUGCAGUCUUUAUGCUGGUUCCCCCUAGUAAUUGUUACCAAGUUUGUGGGCAACCAGUUUAUGAACUUAUUUCAUAUAACGUAGCCUCAUCCCUGGUAUUUUUUCAGACAAGUUCUCAAAGUAGUUGUACUAGUUUGCUUAAAUAUGUGCGGAAAAGGCUUAUGUUUCAUAGAAAAUAUCUUUUAAAGUCAUGUGAGUGGAAAUACAGACAAAAAUGUAAAGAUAAUGUCUCCAGAGUGAGAAAUGAAGGAAAUAACAAGAGACGAAGCUUAGCGCCCACUGACCAGUGCUCUGCAAAAGCUGUUUCUAAAGCAAGCAAACAGAUCAGAAAGGUUAGUGAACAUCAGGGGAAGAGUAGCUCCAGUUCAUGUGUUUCAGCUACAACUCCAUCUCGAAAAAGGAAGAUUCAUAGAGAGCAACCUGAAAUUCCAGCUAAGAGAGCAAAAAUAGUGGAGAAAGUGAGAGAGGAAAAGGCUUGUAGUCUUGUUCCUGAUCUAAACCAAAGUAGUUCCGAGAGAUCUGAAACUGCGUGUGUAUCACCCCGUUCUGAAAGUGCCAUUAAACCCCACCAUGUUUCUGAAAGUAGUAACAGUGCUGUGUCUGAUCCUUUAGUUCACACAUCUCGUGGCAGGAGGAAGUUUGUGGCAGGCAAAAGCUAUCUUCUGCAGGGACUUCGUAACAAACCUUUAGGCUCCAACACUGAAAUGCAAGCAGAUUCCCGCAGGAAAAGAGUAGAGAUGCGUACCUAUGAAUCUCAGUUGCCUUCAGGACAAACCAAAUCGAUGGACGGUACUUCAAAAUGCAGAGGGCAGGAGAGUCCCCAACCUCAUUUAUCAAACAAGUUACCCUAUAGACUCCUGAGUUCUGCAGUAUACAUUGAGAAGAAGUCUCUUCUGUAUUCUUGCAGGAGUUUCCAUGAAUGUUUUCCUAAAUCAUUUAUCUUGAAUCGCUUGCAGGACUCUGAGGCAGGUGGAAGACGGCUUGUAGAAGCUAUAUUUUUUAGCCAAAAUCAGGUGCAGCAAAGGCACCAAAGUCUGCCAAAGCGCAAGUGGAGAAAGAAGGCAUUGCCCAAACGCUACCGGCAAGUGAGGCAUACAUUUGAGCAACUGCUGAAGAACCAUGGAAAGUGUGCUUACUUGGCUCUCUUGAGAAAAAAUUGCCCCAUUCGGAUAUCUGAAAUCAGUAUGAGAAAAAUCAAUCUGUCUUGUCAAGCAGUCUUACCUGGGGAAGCAGGGGUUCAGAAGCAAGCAGAACAGUUUGGGAAAGAGCCUGCUAAGUGUGUGACAAGCAGCAGAUGUGAAUCUGGUCACACUGAUGUGCCAGACAGCUUAGGAGCUCCCCUUGCAGAAUCUGUGCUUAGGGAGUUUGCGAGUGAGGAUCAAAACUCGGGAGAGGCACGUGAUUCAGCCCUCAGGGAGCUCCUCACACACAGCAGCUACUGGCAGGUGUACAUGUUUGUGAGGGAUUGCCUGGAGAAGGUCAUCCCUACUGAGCUUUGGGGUUCAAACCACAACAAGUGCCGGUUCCUAAAAAAUGUCAAAAUGUUCAUUUCCAGGGGGAGGUUUGCUAAGAUUUCGUUGCAGGAGUUGAUGUGGAGGAUGAGAGUGAAUGACUGCAUGUGGCUUCGUCUAGGCAAAGGUGAUUACUUUGUUCCUGCCGAUGAACAUUGUUUCCGUGAAGAACUUUUGGCCAAAUUCCUGUACUGGCUGAUGGGUACCUAUGUUGUUGAGUUGCUCAGAUCAUUUUUUUAUAUCACCGAGACGAUGUUCCAGAAAAACAUGCUCUUCUACUACCGAAAGUUUGUUUGGGGCAAGUUACAGAACAUUGGCAUUAGAAACCAUUUUGUCAAAGUACAGCUACGGCCUCUGUCUUCAGAGGAGAUGGAAACUAUCCGUCAAAAGAAAUUUGUUCCUAUGGCAUCAAAGCUUCGGUUUAUUCCCAAACCAAAUGGGUUGAGACCCAUAGUAAAAGUGGACAGUGUUGUCGAACCACGAGCACUCAGCAAGGAAAGCAGAAAAGAAGGUUUUUAUUUACUUCAUUGUUUUAUGUGUAUUUGA